UCCUCGCCAGCCUCCGCCUCUCCUCCCUGGUCUAUCAACCACACCGCUGUUGUUGCAGCCAUUUUACCGUGGAACGUCGGCAAAGAGGCGACCAGAGGAUGUCCAGACAGCACUGUUAAAAGGACUACAAACAUGGCUGAUGAGGCACGGGCCCCCUUGGUCGGCCGGCCAUUGGCAUUCACAAAUGAAGAGCGUAGGGCGGUUCACUCUUGGUCUCGGAUCUCAUCAGCAGGGCACAGCGUCCUCCUGGAUGCUCUGAAGAUCCUCAGCCCAAUGUCCCGUGACCUCUCAAACACAGAGGAGCUGGUCACCUUCCUGCAGGAGCUAAGUGAGGAGGGCCACAAGCCCACUGUGCUGCACAGCAAGGACGUGUAUGGCUACCGCUCCUGCACAAACCAACCUCUGACUGAAGACAUGCUGAAGCAACCCACUCUGGUCAAGAAGAGAGAGGUGCACCCAUCCUGGAACACGUCUGAGAAGAGCAACCCUAGGAUUCAAGGUGUCCGUCCUCCAGAGCUGCCAAUGGACAAUCAUACCGUUGUCUGCAGCAGGAUACCCAAUCAGACUGUAGAGAGAUCACAGGUGCAGCAACCAUGCCUCAGACUGACCAAUAUUGAAGGCCUGUCGGGCUUCCACACGGCCAGACUCCAGAUCCAUACUACCUGGGACUCGUCCUUGGAGGCGCCCUCUGUUGCCUUUUCACAGCAACAAUGCCGUCCAAUGCUUUCAGGUAUACCUUUGCAGCCUUCUCAGAAUGGUGGUGGGACGCCCACCAAAGCUGUGGCCUUGUUCAGCCAGAAGAGCCUGUCUUGCCCCAUCCGAUUGGACGGUGCCCUCAUUGGAGAUUCUGCUCCGGCCUUCUACGCUAACGGGCGGCUGUUCCCACAGACUCACACAGAGCUGACUAGUGACGGCUGGAGGAGCAAUGGCUUCCACCCAGAUGGUUGGGUAUCCAAGGAAAUGAACAACCCAUCCCAGCAGAGAAACAGCUGGAGGGACAAGAACAGUUUUAGAUGGAAAGUGAUAAAGGUGGAUGACUCUCGCUCAGUCGCUGAAGCCCGCAGGAAAGCACAGAAGAUUUUACAGGUCAACCUGUCUCCAGUGAUUCAGAUCCAACCUCUCAGUCGUGUGUUGAAAGACUUCAGAUACCAGAAUAAGUAACAAUCAUCCCCUGAGCCCACACACGUCAUGUUUUGAGCAGAUGUUAGUGUUUUGCAUCCAUUCACCUGUACUUGUGGCUGAGCCCUGGAGUUCACAGCAGACUUAUAGAUUUUUGUGAAUCUCUGCUGAGUGUUGGAAGUAUAUAAGUUAAAGUGGAAGUUCUGGUUUUUGAUAGGAGCACUCAUUAAGUGAUGCUUUUCCUAGCAGGCUGGGAAAUGAUUAUUGACCGAAUGCUGAUAUACUUUGACUGUCAACAUUAAGUUUACAUCACACAGUACCACCACUCUGCUUUCAGUUGAUUGGCUGCAUGCUGACAUUCCUGACGAAUUUAUGGAGCAUCCACUAUGAAUGUUAGAUUAAAGGUGAACUUUCUGCCCAUCAAUAAGGUGCUGGGUAUGGCUCUCUGUAGUAUUUCUAAGCAAUUUGAAGCAUAGUGGCAUUCAAGUAUUUUACUUGCAGCUCUUCAGUAGUGCCAUUACUCUGCUACACACACUUUUCAACUGGGAAUAAGGAGAAAUUAAGCUAUUGGUGGGACAAUACAAUUCCGUUGGCCUCCCAGAUGAACAGGUGGAUGGGCAGCAUAGGUAUGUAAAGUCUUCAGAUGAGCA